AUGGGAGAGACGAAGGAAAAAGCUCCUGUUUAUCACGAUUUAUCCGAUGAUGAAUACCUUUACUGUCUGAAACUGAAUAAUGUCCAGAUCAAGUACCAGUACAACACGACUUCGAAAGAAAAGAGAAUCAUCAUGUCCACAGCAAAAGUCAAACCCUUCUCCAAAACGCUGGAUAACACAUGGGGAGGGAAAACAAAAGACCUUGUGAAUAAAGAUGCGAUCGCUGUUUUCAAAGACUUCAUGGUCGAAAAACAGCUGCUUUCAAAGUCUCCAGAAGAGAUUUGGCAGGAAUACGAGCUCAUUUGCAGCAAGGAAUUCAUCGCAUUCUUCAGAAAGCCAGGACGAUUGUACCACGAGAGGAUGAAUUCAUGCCAGAAAGUUUAUACGUAUCUUGAUGGACAGUAUUUUGCCGGAGAGGGACAAACAAAAAUUGAAGCUGUUCGAGCUUGCGCAAGGAAUGUUUAUUACCGAUGGCGGGAAAGUUACUGCCUUGAUGUUGAAGAACUAAAGGUGUUCUUUGACCGGGGCCCGACGGAUCCAGAUGCGAUGAAAAUGGCGUAUAUCGCGACGCCGAAAGAUUUGGCGAAAGUGAAGAAAUACGUAGAAUUGGCGAAUUAUCUGUUGAUCGACCAGGAAGGAGACCAGCUUGGACCAAAUGGAAAGAUUACCGUCAUUCAAAUCAACACAUACGAAAGCCCAAACUGCUUCCUCCUGGACAUCCUCGAAACAGGCGAUCAAGAACUUCGAGAAAAAGACGGUUGGUUACGUCAGAUGCUCGAAGACCCAAAGAAAAUCAAAUUCUUCUGGGGAGGGUGCUCGGAUACUGCCAAUUUAUACGCAAGCUUCGGCAUCAAAAUCGCCAGUUAUGUCGAUCUCCAAGCGGUGGAGUUUCAUUAUCGACAUAAGCUAGCGCACCUGACGGAUGGGUUUGUUGAGCCGGGUGAUAAGGGUCAUCCUUUGGGACUGGAGUCAGCGUACAAAUUCUUCACAGAGGCAGAUCUACUCAAAUACAAAGCUAGUAAAGGAAAACACAAAACUGACCACCACAUUUGGGCCCGUCGACCACUGCCAGAAUCGCUCCUCAGAUACGCUUCCUUCGACGUGGCCGCGAUGCGCCCACUUCUGCAUCUUUUCUUCAACAAUUUGGAGCUCUGGAAAUGGGGAAAGAUCGAGGCAGCCAUUUCUAUCUCUACGCUUUCUGCCUAUCCUCGCCAUCGAACUUGCUUUGCAUGCCUACAAUCGAUCAAAGUCGAUGAAUUCGCGAAAAAUCAGCAAAAAUCGCUGGGAAUCUGCCUCGAAUGCAGCCAAAAUCGAAACACAGACGAAUUCUUCUACGAGCUUGAAAACGUCGAAAAAUGGCCCGUAGUCGCGAAAGAAUUCCAUUUGCCAGAAUCACUGACGGGCCACGAAAACUGGGUGCUCAAGUUUCCGCAAAAAGAAAGAAUAGAAAAUGGUUUUGAAAAAUAA